AGCACCCUUCCAUUACACAACCGCGUGUGUUUUCGCUCGCUCGUACUCUCCGAUUUUUCCGGUGUGUGUGCGCCUGCCUCGGACAAUGUAAUAGCUUUCGGUCUCGAACGGAAAGGGGUAGCAGGAAAAAAAAAACAUUGCUUCGAAGAAUAAAAACGGGAGGGCAUGCGGAUAGCAGCAGCCGCUCCCAGCGUGUGCGUGUCUGCUGUCGCGAACUGUGCGAGAACUCGAUCAGUGUGUGAGGAGGAGGAGGAUAAGUAAAAGCUCCAGGGGGAGAAAUCUUUUCAAUCCGGAAGGGGGGGAGAAGGGUGCGCUCGUAAAUCCGCGACCUGCGAAAACACCAUGGCCAACUGUCUGCGGAACUUGUCGCGGAAGGGCCGCCCGCUGAUGGGCGGAAUUUUCACAGCCCGCAGUGCGAAGCGGUGCGAGGAGCUGCACCGGGUCCGCGUAGCCGGUGCGACCGUCGCUGCCGCCAAUAACCGAUGCUUAGCACCGGCUGGUACACAGCCAGCGUACGCAUUUGCGAUCGAUGCAUUUGAGGCGAACCGGAACCACAGGAAAGCAUUACGCGAGCAAAAUGAUUUCCACCCACACCACGACCACCAACAUCACCAUCACCAGUCGACAUCGUACGGUGAGCGGGACGAACGGAUCGAGGUUCGGUAUUGCAGCGAGGGCACUUCGUCGCCAGCGGGAAAUCCGCCGAAAGCCGAUCAGCCGACGGAGGAACAGCUGCACCGGGUGUACCACGUGCUGUCGCAGACGCUGCCCAAGCUGUUCGUGCAACCGCUCGACUACUCCAUCUACAGCCCGAACCUUAUAUUUGAAAACAACAUCCGCGGCACCAGGACAGAAGGGCUGUAUCAUUACGUGAAGCAAAUCGCACUGUUGCGCACCGUGGGCCAUCUCAAGUUUGCGUACGUUACGUUCGAGGUGCUGAAAAUCACCAAACAUCCGGAAGAUAAUACGGUGAAGGUGCGGUGGCGCAUCCGGGGCAUCAGUGCGCUGCGCGUGAUGCUGCAGUUCUGGAAGUACAAGCUGUGGAAGCUGAAGGAAAUAUUCGACGGGCAGGAAGCCUGGUACGACGGAUUUUCAGUGUUGCACGUUGGCGCAGAUGGAUUGGUGUCCAAGCAUGUAGUUGAUAAGAUUAUGCCCGAUGAUGAUACGGUAAAGGUAGCGCCGAAAACGAUGGUUUCACCAAAGUUGGCUUUAGUGGUUGGGCUGACGGCCGAGAUCUACCCGGUAGUGAGUACGAUGAACUGAACGCGGGCGGGCGCCGGACAGGACCCUUUCUUGCGAAAAAAAAGCCGUGUUGCAGCAAACUGUGUCUGGGCUGGACAGUUUUCUUUUUAUGAUGAUUUAUUAUUACGUUAUAGGUGCGCUAAGUUAUUAAGGUGACCGCCCCCCGUAGUAGCAUCAGGCUUUGUUAAGGGUAAACAAAUGAAAUAAAAAGAAAACGCAUAGAGUGAACUUA